AUGUCCUGUUUCAUUCUGGGAAAAAUGUCUACUCCUGAUAUCACCGACACCCAACUUAUCGUUUAUGCGAGAGACGCCGCCUUGUUUAAGGCGCUGUCUUUCAGCGGUGACCGAGCAAAUGAUCUUAGUCUAGUCAAGACUCAAGAGAUUAUGCGAGGUCUCCCGUUCAAUCACGUCUGGGGAAAGUCCCUCAGGUACCGCUCCUCCAGUCUUUUUGCGAUACGACGCCAUACGGAUUUGUCUCUAUGUCCAGUGAAUGCCAUAGAAGUUUAUGUCGCUAUUUCCUCUGUGCUUUCUGUGGACCUGUCUACCGGUUAUUUGUUCCGACCCCUCACCUCUGCCGGGAAGAUCAUCAAUAAGCAGAUUGCCAACUCUAUCCUACAGUCUCGUCUGCGUGAGUAUUUGCGAGGGGCUCAGAUUUACGACGGCGAAACUCUGCACAGCUUUAUGGCCGGGGUUGCUAUCACUCUAGCCCUUUCGGGAAGCCAACUGACAGAUAUUAUGGAGAAUAUUGGUUGGUGUCACGCUCCCGCCACGUCUCAUUACUUAAAGGUUGCG